GUCUCGUCACACCUCAUUAGCAAUCUCAAUUUCCUCCCAGGAUUUUAUUUUCUUACAUUUAAAAUACAAAAGAUAUUCGUUUAGCGGUAGUUUAUUAGUAGCACCAUAUUAUUAAUAUCGUAUUUUCCAAAUGUUAUACGUAAUUUUGUUAUCAACAUAGACGCAGACUUUAUACGUCAUCACCAAAGACCUUUACUGUCCCUCGUGUCAUAACAUGGUUGCCUUGAGUUGAGUAAUCUGGCAAUAACACCAACCCACUGCCAGCUGAAUUGAAAGUGUGAAUCAAGGAUUUUCUUCGCGGAAGCCAUGCCUCGCUACGAACUGGCCCUGAUCCUGAAGGCUAUGCAGCGGCCGGAGACAUCGGCUGCUCUCCGGCGGACAGUUGAGACUUUGAUGGAGCGGGGCGCGGUGGUGAGGGACCUGGAGAACCUGGGGGAGAGACUUCUGCCCUACAAGAUAACCAAACACAAUCAGAGGCACAACCGAGGUGCUUACUUUCUGGUCGAUUUCUACGGAGCCCCCAGCAUCCUCACAGGCUUACUGGAUCAUCUGCACCGCGAUGUGGACGUGGUGAGGCCCACUGUGCUGAAGAAGGACGACCAGGUUUCCAGCACUAACUGCUGUGGCCAACAACAGUGAUUGCAUGUUUCCACAGCUCGUAUCCAGACCAUGUACAGUGUGAUGCUUCCCUCUUUGACAUUUUCCAUAGGUGUUGGCUUUCAUUUCGAAGUUAUGUCAUAAUAAAAUACAUUUUCUAUCUCA